AGCAACUCUCUUAACAGCCCACAACAGCAUCACCCAAGAGCUUAGGACAGGCAGUCAAGAAGAGUACCAUGGCCAGUUGAAAUCAGAGGGGCAGUUUUAGUUCUCUGGUUAUGGCUGCAAAAGAUCCCUGUAAGAAAUAUGCCUGUGAAAUCCAGAAAUGUUUGCAAGCAAACAACUACUUGGAAUCUAAGUGUGAAGCUGUCUUCCAGGAGAUGAGACGGUGUUGUGCCCAGUAUCCCAAGGGCAUAUCCCUCUCUUGUUCAGGCUUUAAGGUGGAGGAGAAAGAGAAGCAGGUAUCAGAUUCCAAUUGAUCUCACACCCUACAGCCCUGAGGAAGCCCGUUCUCUGGGAGGGGAGAGCAGCCUUACCUGCCGUCUACGUAGCUACCGCGCUAUACCUCAUUUGUUCUCCUUGCAUUGGAGAGGUACUCCCAAGAUGCAAGCCAGCUCCUCUUCCAGACACUCACGGAAACCAGAAGACAACAGCCAGUCUGUCAAAGAGUAGAGCUCCUAGCACUUUUGCUGUCAAACUAUGUUACUGCUGUAGCCUUAUUGUAAAGUAGAUCGGAGUAGAAUAACUUGGUUUGUGAAUGUUCCGUGUCAUCUGUUCUAUUGUCCAGAAUAGCAAUAUUCUACUGGAAGGUGAAAUCCAGCCUUUUUGCUGGACAUCAGGUUUCAGACAAUCUCGUUGUGUGGUACGUAAGCUAGUCCUUUGUUAAACUGCAAAAACUACUCUUGCAAAGUCAUUGUUUCUCACUCUGUUCAGAAGUUGUCCUUUUCCGCUACGUAGGCAUAGAAGGUUGGCAACUAAAGCCCACAGAGGCAGCUUUUUAGCUCAGCAGCAGGUUACCUGAUGUGCCUCAGUUUCCUCAUUGGCGAAGUAAGAUCAACCACUGGUUCUUUGGACUUUGAUUCAGUAGCAGUCAAAUCCAAUUGCACAAUACUGAUUUAUGUAAUGCUGUGGUAGAAGCAGCUGAUUUCAGGGAUAGCUACAUCAUGUGCUGUGACCUCCUUUCCCUCUUUGUAAAGCAAUAGACACUUUGUGGAAAGCCAGAGUUGCAAGUGGUGUUUUUAAAAUCCGAUGUUUUGCUAUUCAUGUGGAUGAAACUCCAUUUCUGAAUGGAAUGGGGAUGUGAGUGUAGCGCCCCUUUCCUCUUCACCCCCACCCCCAAUUUAGACUUAGUUAAAUGUUUCCCAAGGGAUUUUGAGCACUCUUUACUACUCUUGCUAUUCUAUAUCUAGUACCUCCUCAGUAUUGAAAUCAUGUCAAGACAACUAGUGUUCACAUCAUAAGCAGCCAUUAGCAAAGCUAGUGGAACAAUCUGUGUUAAGAUUCUCUUAAAAGGCCCUGCUGCUAUUCAAUAGAUAUGUGAUCCAUAUAAGGAUACGAUCAUGUUAUCUUAGUAUCUAGGGUCCGAGAGAACAAACUUCUUUUCUUGGCCACGGAUAGGAUUAUGCUGAAGGUAGGACAAAGCAACUUUCUCAUUUCAUAGCAAAGUCUAGAAGGCCACAGAGAAGGGCUAUUAGCAUAGUUGGCAAAGUCUGAAUUCUUGCCGCGAGAAUCCCUUAUUCAAAUCCGAUGACCGUCAUGAGCACAUUCAGUAGCCUAGGUCAAACCACAAAGCAAAUAUGUAUUUUACGUCUGCAACUUUCUUGCAAUAAGAUGCUCAAGGUUUUCAGAAUGGUUAUAAGAUGGCAGGGAGGGUCUAUAGCUCAGCAGGAGAGUGCCUGUUUUUGAGAUGUGAGGCUCUGAGCUUAUCCUCUAGCCUUUCCAAAUAAAACUGAAAAUGCUCUAGUAUGACAUCCUGUAAUCCUGUUGUCAGCCCAGUAUAAACCAGAUAUAGGCAUAUGUCCUAACUAGCACGGCCAGAAUCAUGGGAGUUACAGUUCAACGUUUGCUAAAAGGCCACAGAUAGAUAAUACUGAGAUGGAGAGACCAACGGUCUGAGUUGACUGGUAUUUUCCAGGUUCGGGAAAAGAGUUAUCCGUGGUAGAACACUGUUACAGAUAUAGUCUAGUCUUAAUAAAAGUGUGUGUGUGUGUGUGUUGCAAAUUAUAGGAAAGAAAUCUGUAUAUGAAAUACGAGAGACCCAUUAUUUAGUAGAACAAAUCAGAGUAGUCAAUCUGAUGCCUUCCAAUUGCUUGGGAGGCAGUAAUUCCAAAACUCUUGGCAGUAAUUCCAAAAAUCUUUGAUCAUAUAAACUAGUCAGCAAAACAUGUGGAAAGCAUCAGGUUGCCCACUAUUCACUAAACAUCAAUGGCCUCAUCAGACUAAUCAUUUUGAAUAAUUACAAUCAUAGCCCUUUUCCAUGUUUCAAUUCUUCUAGGCUUAACUGGAAGAGUACAUUAACCUCACACUUGCAAGAGAUUUUCCAUUAUGAGGAAAAGAUUUGAUGGCAUAUAGAUUUAAUAAAUAAAAGAGAGACUCCAAAAAACCAUUUACUUUUAAUUCUCACUUCAAAACAUUUGAAUACUGUAUAAAAACCUAGAACCAUAGUAUUCCAAGAGCUGAUAGGAUUUGAAUUCAGUUUUGCAACUGUGACCCAUCCAGUUAAAUUAAAAGUGACCUAAUUUCUAUCACGUUUCAAAUUCAAUUUCCAAAGGUGCCUCAGGGUAUAUAUAUACGGCACCCGAUUGCAACGCCAUAAAGCGACUGUGCCUGUUCAUCAUACAGUAGUAGCUGCGUGACUCUGGGAAAAAGAUGCAUCUGUUUUAAGAUGUUGCAGACAAGUGGGAUGUUCAUACUCCUGCAUAUUCUGAAGACUGAACCCAAAGUGCUGCAUAAAAGAUUUGUCAGUUGAAUGUCUUCUAUUUAAAUGCUUUUCAAAGAUUAUUUUUUUCCUGCACUCAUUCUGCUUUUUCCCCAAAGGAUGAUAUUAUUCUCUUUUGUUUCCAAAUAGGUCAGUUGGCUUAUUCAAGCUCCCUCUUGUGUUUAAAUACUUCUUAGCAUGGAAAGUAUUUUAGGCAUCUCCUAGUAGAUAAUAAACCCCUUGAAACAGGCCUUUGGCUCAAUGAGAUUAACUGAAGUUCCAAGGACCCUUCUGAGAUUGUUAAAACCUGUCUUGCAAGAGCUCAGAAUCCUACUGCCCAAGGAUUACAGUGACCAUCAAUUUCCUUUGGGGAGCAGAAAUGACAAGAGCACAUGAUAUGAAUACAUACAGCCCCACAUUAGACCCCUAAACUGCUCAGCUACUAGAAAAGGCCACUGUUCAAGACCAGUGUUUCUCAAACUUGGUAACUUUAAGACAUGUGGACUUCGACUCCCAGAAUUCCCCACCCAGCAUGCUGGGUGAGGAAUUCUGGAAGUUGAAGGCCACAUGUCUUAAAAAUUGCCAAGUUUGAGAAACGCUGUCAUAGAUGAUGCAGUUCUAAGGCUCUGAACAUCUUUCCCCAUUAUCCAUGUGUGGUGGGGCUGCUAGAAUUGCACUGUAGCACUGCUCAAAGGGCCACAGCCUGUUGUUCACAGAUACAGUGAACCUUCACAGAAACAUAGGAGACAAAAGCGGUAUAGUGCUUUUCUCUAUCAACUCUGCUUCUUCAGAGACUUAAGCCUUCCACUAGCAGUCAAUUCUUUUAAAAAUCAAUAUGUUUCAUAGCAUGCUUUUGUUUUUAUACUGGGAAUAAAAUGCUGGCUGGGGAAUUCUGGGAGUUGAAGUCCACCUGUCUGAAAAGUUGCCAGGUUUGAGAAACACCGUAAUCAAGACCAUGACGAGCCACUGCCAGUCAGAGAUGACGAUACUUGGUUAAGAUGAAUCAGUAGCUCAGCUAAAUAUACUGCAGCAGAAGCAUUUUCCCCCCUAGAUUUGGAAGCUAAUAGAAUCAUCACCCAAAACCGACUAAAAGUAUUCAUGGCCUCGCCUUCUGGUUUUGUGGCUUUUAGAAACCGAAGGGCAGCACAAGCAGCAACUAAAUACUUAAGAUAAGUUCUUUCACCAACUGAUUUCAAAACCGAACGACAGAGGCUGUUUCUACUCAGCAAGGGAAAGUUUUACUCUCAGCAACAACAAUGAACAAACUGAGCUGGAAUUCCAAGGCAACUAAGUUCCCGAUUGCUCAACUUGCAUGAGAAAGGGAAAAAAUAUCUGUCAGUUGAUGCCGAGCAGGUGCCUCCCAAUGACUUCUUGGUAGUCCACCAAAAGUAGAGGUUUUCUCAGCUUUACAAUUAAUGAACCCAACUCUGACAGAGAUCAGUUAGAGCUUCCCUUUCUUUCACAACUCUUGGCAACAGACCCAGCAGUUUCCCAUCCACACAAAGAGAAGGCUGCUGAACAGCAACAGCGACUGCUCGUGCCGUCAGCUUUCCCUAACCCAAGAUCCUUCAGACGUGACUGUCCAGAUUUCCCAUUACCCCAUCAGUAAGGCUGAAGCCCACCAAUCUGGGGAAUGCUAUUGGUCUGCACUAAGAAUGCAGUUUUCCUGUUGCCUUGUUUCUUUACAGGUCAGGGGAUCGGCGAUUUGUUGUGAAAGCAAGUCGGCUUUCAAAGUCUGGAGCCUCCAUUUUGUCAGAGUAUCAAACUAGCUGCUUUCCUCCGAUAGUCCCAUGAGGGUGGAGUUUUGCAAGGCGAAACACACAAGUCCCAUACAUUCCUAGAAACACUCUUAGGACUGUGUAAGCUUUCAUGGCACAGCGUUCUACCUACGACCAAUGAAAGAGGUUCCAGAUCAAGAAAGUUUCUGCUAUCCAAGAACGUAUGCGUUUAUAGGUACUUUAAAAACAAAACAAAACACAGCUCUACGAGCUAAUGCUGUUAUCCCAGAGAUAAGAUGGCAAGAACUUCAGGAGAAAAUGCACACAAAGCGUUGCAGCUUUCUGCUCAAUAUCUAAUUCCUAUCAAGGGAAACAAACUUCAGGCAAUGCAGCCCAGAAUUUUGCUCCCUUUGUUCUGGGCCCAAGUUAAUCCUCCUACUCAGAGCCCGGGGAUAAGCAGACCUACCCAGCUCCCCCUUCGCCCUCCACCCCACCGCCCAGGAGUUCAGAUGAGGCCGUCCCUAUAAUUCCAUUCCCAUGAUUCGCUGGCAGUUGCUACCAAGGCUUGAAUUUAUCUAAACCUGGCACCGA